AUGAUUUUUAAUAAAUUUUUUAAAAAAAAAAUUGAGUUUGAAACAGAUUUGUAUGUAUUAAAAAAUGAAGAGUCAACACCUCUUUUACUAGAUGCAAAGUUAUAUAUUAAAAAAAACGAAAUAUUAAUUUACAAUAAUUCAAAAAAAUAUAUAUUUUAUGAAGAUAAUAUCCAUGAUUUUAAAUAUCAUGAACUGGAUAUGUGCCAAUUUAAAUAUUUACUUCAUAAUGUAGUUGAAGAAUAUGGUUUAGUUUUUUCAGACAUUAGUAAUAUGCAUUAUUUUUAUAAAUAUAUUAUGUUUUCAUAUAUAAAAGGAAAUAUUAUCUUAUAUAAAAAUGUCAGUUUAUAUAAAUAUAAAGAACCAAAUAAAGUAUUGUAUAAAAAAAAUUAUUAUGGUAUUUUAAUAUUUAAUACUUCUAAAUGUGAGCAUUUGCUAAUAAUUGUAAAGUCAAAUAGAGAAGAAGUAAAUGAGGAAAAUGAGGAAGAUGCAUUAUUAAAUGAAAGUAAUAUUACUGAAAAAAUAGAAAGUAGAAAAAUAAAAGAGAAAAUAAAAGAUGUAGAAAGUGAAAAAUAUUACAAAGAAUUCACUAUAGAAAACAUAAAAGAAUUAUAUAAAAGGAAUAAAAUAUUUUUAAUAUAUAUUUUAAAUUCAUUUAAUGAUAUUUAUUUGAGUAGCGACUCUGUUGGAAUUCAUGCAAAAAAAUAUCUAUUUAAAAAUUUUUUUAAGUUCAUAGAAUAUAAAACGCUAUAUCCUGAUGGUGACAAUUAUAAAAAAUAUUUUAUAAAUAAUGAUAACAAUAGAGAAAAAAAAAAAAAAAAAAAUAUGCAAAAUAAAUUAAGUAAUCAAAAUAGUAAAGAUUCUGAUGAAAUAUAUUUAAUGAAUAAUAAUUCUAUAACAGAAAAUGGGGAACAUAUUCUAGACGAUGAUCUCUCAAUUUUAGAUAAAAAAAUAGAAGAAGCUGAUAAUAUUAAAAUUAAAAAUGAAAAUGAUAAAUUAAAGGAGCAAAAAAACGAAGUCAGUAAUAAUUCAAGAGAUAAAAAAGAAGAGGAGGAUAAUAUAUCAUUAAAAUUAAAUAAAUGGAAUGAAAAAACAUUGAUUAUUCUUGAUUCAGAUAUCAUACUAAUUGAUUAUAUUAAGAAAAUACUAAUAUAUAGAUAUGAUUUUAAAAAUGAUGUUGUAAGCAUAAAGCAAGAUUAUAUUGAUACACACAUAAAGUGUCAUAAUAAUAAUAAUAAUGAAGGAAAAAAGGAUUACGAGUCAGAUAAUGAUACAAAUAAAAAAGAUAAAUGUAUGUUAUUAUCAGAUUCAGAAGGAAGUGAUGAUUUAAAUGAAGAGGAUAGUUCUGAUAUGAAAUAUAAAUAUUUAAGUACAACCGGAAAGUUUUCUUUUGUUCUAAGACAAAAUUAUAUACCUCAAAGAGCCAAAAGAUUAAUGAAUAAAAAUGAAAAAAGGGAAAAUAAUAUAAUUAAUUUUGAUAAUAUAAAUAAUGACCUAAAUAUAUACAAAUUUGAUGAAUAUGGAAAAGAGAGAAGAAUAUAUAAUUCUAAUAAAAAUUUAUUUCAGUAUAAAAAUGAAAAAUGUAUACCAAAAAAUUUUCAUGUUAAUGAUAAUGAAGGAAGUAAAAUGAUAUUCCUUGAUGAAAAAAAUGAAAAUAAUUUAUUUAUGAUAGAUGUAAACACAGAGAAAAUUGUAGAAAAAUGGAAUACAGAAUAUAUACCAAUAGUAAAAUUAUUAAAAAAGGAAGAGAAUAUUUAUUGUGGUUAUAAUAAAAAUAGUUUAUAUUAUAUUGAUACAAGAAUGAAGUCAUGUAUACAGAACUUAUUACAGUAUAGUAAAAAUGCAUCUAAUAUUGAACAUGCCAGUAUGGAUGAAAAAGGGAGAAUAAUUUUAACAAAUUCACAAGGAGAAUUAAAAUAUUAUGAUGGAAAAUUAAAUAAAAGUAAUGUAAUCAAAAAAAGUAAGAACGUUGUUUUUUGUGCUAAUGAUAUUGUUCAUUUAACUGCGUCGUUAGAUGGUAUAUAUUCAAUUGUUACUUGUCAAAAAAAUGUAAUAAUAUGUGAGAAUCUUAUUGAAAAUAAUACUCUCUUUGAGACAGUUAUUAAAAAAUGUGAUAGAACGAAACAAAAGAAAAUUCUUUUGCAAAUUCAUUAUGUUGAUGUUUUCACUUAUAGUCUUGGUGAUUAUAAAUUUAUUAAGAGUAUUAUAAAUCAUGAUAAUUCAUUUAUUUUUACUUUAUCACAAAAUUUUUAUGUUGUAUGGAAUUUUAAACAAGCUAUAAAUGAAAAUAUUUCAUAUGUCAUUAAAAAAGUAAAUGAGAAUAUUUCAGAUAUUUCUUUUUUUAAUGUUAACAAUAUUCAAGGUAUUAUUAUGGCAACCGAAAAUACACUAAAAUCAAAAAAAAUAAAAAAUACAUAA